AUGGAGUUGUGUUUGAACAAUUGGGGUUUAAACUGCGUGCUUAGUUUGACGGUUGAUAAUGCUUCAUAUAAUGAUGUUGGAGCUGAACGUCUCAAGAUAAGGCUUUUGUCUAAGAAUAGUUUAGUUAUGAGCGGAAACCAUUUUCAUAUGAGGUGUUGCGCACACGUAUUGAAUUUAAUUAUGAAAGAAGGUUUGAAAGACAUUGAUAAUUUUGUUUAUAGAGUUUAUCAUGUUGUUUGGUAUGCUAGAUCUUCUCCUGUGGGGCUUGCUAAAUUCAAGGCAAGUAUUGAUGAGGAGAGCAUGGACUAUAAAGGUUUAGUUUCUCUAGAUGUUGAGACUCUUUGGAAUUCAACUUACUUGAUGUUAGUAUCCGCAUCAAAAUAUGAAAGAAUCUUUGAUGAAUUAGGUAUUCGAAAUAAAAGGUAUGUGAAUGAGUUGACAAAGAAGGGAAAAUGUGUCCCGACGAAAGACGAUUGGAAGCAUAUUAACUUAAUCAUUCCAUUCUUGAAGUUGCUUUAUGAUGCUACAAUGAAGAAGAAGUAUGAUACGUAUUGGGGAACUCAUGAGAAGCUUAACAUGAUGUUGUUGAUUGCUCUAGUUUUCGACCCUAGGCGUACGAUUAUAUUGGUCGAUUGGAUGGUAAGGCGGUACUAUAAUAAGGAUGAUCCUGAUGCUUUGAAAGCAAACUUAGAUUCUUGUUUGAAAUCUAUUUAUGAGGAAUAUUGUGCUGGAUUUAUGCCUCCUCAAGGUAAUUCAAAUGAGCCACAAGUUUUUGGUAGUGUUAGUGAUCGGUCACCAUUCCCAUUGAAUUCCCGCCGUUAA